UUUCAUGGUUUUUCCCUCUAGCUAUUUUUCUAGUUCAUGUUUUUUGCACCAAGGGUUUUUUCUUGUUCAUGGUUUUUUGGUUUAGUGUUUUUGUCCUUACCUGUCUCGUGUUUUUGCCAGGUUUUUGUCUGUUAUUACCUGGACUAUUUUUGGCAUGUGUGUUUUUGUCCUGUUUUGCUACCUUUUUGCCAUGCCCUUUUUUUCCCCUGGAUUAAAUCACCUUAUUUAUUGGAUUACUGUCUGUUGUGCAUUUUUCUGCUUCUGGAACCAAACUUCACCUCCACCACCCCUAACAGUACAUUCUGGCCAACAUGGAUCCAGUGGAACUCGUCCAUCUGAGAAUGGCCAUCCAGCAACAAGGGAUUCUCCUCGGGACCCACCAACAAGACCUACAGCAAAUUGCCCAGAACCUCGCCACCCUGUCCAACUCACUCAACCUCCUCACCACGCAGGUUCAGCACUUUCAAGCUGUGCCUACCCCUGCCCAGCCGCCUCCUACUUCAGCUCCUGCCACCACCUUUCUCCGCGAACCGAGACUUCCAGUGCCUCAGCCCUACGAUGGAGAACCAGAAUCGUAGGUGUUAAAGAAGGCAGCUGGACUUGCUUGAAAUUCUUGAAGAUGUUUCACCUCUCAUCCGAAAGGCUUCUUCAGUUCUGUCUGACUAAUGGGGAGUUCCAGGAUGAAGAUAUUGAUAACCCUGUAGAUCUGGAGAUGUUGAUGAGUUUUGGGGAAGAAGAAACCUCAGAGCUGCAAAAACUCAGUUAUGAUCAAGAUCCAUCCCUCCAUUAUCCAUAACCGCUUAUCCUAUGCAGGGU